UUAAAAAUAGAUUAACUCAUUCGGAAUCCAAUCAGCACUAUUGUAUACUCCACAACCAUAUCCAACAACUGUGAACAAAUUAUGAAGACCAAAAGUUUGAGAACUACUCGACGAAAACAAAUUGGAGAAAACAGAUAAUUUGUAUCGGGAUUUUGAAACUCCAGAAGCUGCGACUAAAAUUUUGAAAUUGAAGCACUUCCAAAAGUUUGCCGACACAACAGAAGCUCUGGAAGCGACAACCGCAGCAGUAGAAGGAAAGCUCAGCAAAACCCUUAAAAAAACUCUAAAAAAGCACUUCGGAGACGUGCAAGAUUCUCUAGCCGUAGCUGACGCUAAGCUCGGAAGCGCCAUAAAAGAAAAACUAAACCUAUCAUGUGUGAGCAACACAUCAAUUCAGGAGCUGAUGCGAUGCAUCAGGAGCCAAACGGAUGCUCUGCUCGCAGGUCUGCCAAAGCGCGAAAUGACAGCCAUGGCCCUUGGUCUCGCUCACAGUCUCUCACGUUACAAGCUGAAGUUCUCGCCUGACAAAAUCGACACCAUGAUCGUCCAAGCCGUGGGUUUGCUUGACGAGCUCGACAAGGAGCUGAACAACUACAUAAUGCGAGUCCGAGAGUGGUACGGCUGGCACUUUCCUGAGCUGGGUAAAAUCAUCACCGACAACCUGGCGUUUGUUAAGACAGUGAAAUGCGUGGGUACGCGUGACAACACAUCCGGAUCAGACUUGUCAGAAAUCCUGUCAGAAGACAUCGAGGAGAAGGUCAAAGAAGUUGCUGAAAUUUCCAUGGGAACGGAAAUUUCCGAUGAUGAUAUCUUGAACAUCCAGCAUCUGUGUGACCAGGUGAUUGAAAUUUCGCAGUACCGCGCUACUUUGUAUGAGUACUUGCAGGCACGAAUGAUGGCGAUGGCUCCGAACCUAACUGUCUUAGUUGGAGAGCUGGUUGGUGCCAGAUUAAUUGCUUCCGCAGGUUCCUUGAUAAAUUUGGCAAAGGACCCGUCUUCUACAUUGCAGAUCCGUGGUGCUGAAAAAGCGCUCUUCCGAGCGCUCAAGACCAAAAAAGACACCCCCAAGUACGGUCUCAUUUAUCACGCUCAGCUUAUUGGACAGUCCUCGACCAAACUGAAGGGUAAGAUGUCCCGUAUGCUGGCGAACAAGGCCUCUUUGGCCACCCGUCUGGAUGCUUUGGGCGAAGAUGAUGCUGGAUUCAAGCUGGGAAUGGAGCACAGAGCCAAGCUGGAGUUGAGGUUGAGGAUGCUUGAGGAAGGAAGCAUCAAGAGGAUCAGUGGUACUGCCAAAGCUAAGGCCAAGUUUGAAAAAUAUCACAGCAAGAGCGAGGUGAUGCAAUAUCCAGCUGCUGCUGAUGUUGUUGUCGGUAAAAAACGGACCCAUGAUGAAAGCUCGGUUUUGAUUGAAGAAAUUAAGACUGAGCCCGAGGAAGAAGUGCCUAAGAAGAAGAAGAAGAAGGAGAAGAAAUUGGAGGAAGAAACUAAAGCUCAGGUUGAGCCUGAAGCAGAGGCUGGAGCUUCUGAUGGAUCAGAGAAGAAAAAGAAGAAGAAGAAGAAAAAUAAGGAGGGAGUUCAGGUUAAGGUGGAGGAAGAAGAAGAAGAAGAAGAAGAAACUAAAGAAAUGAAGAAAAAGAAGAAAAAUAAGACAGAAGAAGAAAGCAUGGAAGUUGCUGAAGAACCUGCUGAGGAAUCUAAAGGU